AUGGCUCCCAGUGUAUGGUUCAUCACAGGUACCACGUCUGGCAUUGGUGCUGCACUUCUAAACCAUAUCAUCGAGCGGGGCGACAAAGUCAUCGCAGCGGGCCGCCAGGUCGAGCAGAAGCUUAGCCCACUCAAGUCAGAUAACGUUGCUAUCUUGGAACUCGACAUAACAGCUGGGUGGAAGGAGAUUGAGGCCAAGGCAAAAAUUGCCUGGCAGAUAUUUGGGCAUAUUGAUAUCCUCAUGAACAAUGCCGGUAUAUCAGCGAUGAAGUCCUUUGAGGAUGCGGAGUACAGCCAGCACAAUCUGAUAUUAUAA